ACAAAACUUUUGCGUGUGGUGUGUUUCGACGCCACGCCUCUGCGCGUUUUCUUCCGAGCGCUGAUUCCAUACCAAUUUCAUAAUUUGCAUUCCACCGUUUUCUUUCUGUCAAACACUAGUGUUUUUACUGUUUAAAUUUCGGAGCAAGGGUUGUUCAGAAACAGGGUUCUACCUAGAGAAGUUCGUCCCUGUGAAAACAGAGCUGGGAAGCCGUUGUGAGGUGAGUGUGUAGCUGGAACCGUCAUCAUUGCGUCGGAGUGGAGUUGCCGAAGCAGCCCUGAUGGGGCGCAGGAGGAGAGUGGUAAUGGAGAGGGACUGGCAGAUGGGGCUGACCGUGGAUUGGACGGUGACCCUGAAGGCGUGUGGAGUCCAGACAUCGAGCAGAGCUUUCAAGAAGCGCUGGCUAUCUACCCUCCAUGCGGGAGGAGAAAGAUCAUACUUUCAGAUGAGGGCAAGAUGUAUGGUCGAAAUGAGCUGAUAGCUCGUUACAUAAAGCUCCGAACUGGGAAGACGCGUACCCGCAAACAGGUAUCUAGUCACAUUCAAGUUUUGGCACGUAAGAGGGUACGUGAAUACCAAGCAAGCAUCAAGGUCUCUAGUCACCUGCAAGUGUUGGCCAAGAGAAAGUCUCGUGAAUUUCAGUCUAAGCUGAAGGCCAUGAACUUGGAUCAGGUAUCCAAAGACAAGGCACUCCAGACGGUGGCCAACCUGUCGUCAGCUCAGAUUGUUUCUACGAGUGUAAUGAAACCUCAGACUCCCUUUCCUCCACCAGUCAGAUACUGGCCCGGACCUGUUCCAGGACAGCCUGGACAUUCUCAGGACAUCAAGCCCUUUGCACAGCCUCCGUACACUACACUACCAGCGCCUGUCCCUCCACCUAUCAGUUAUGAGACGUUGCCGCCUCCUCGGCCCACAGCCAUCGCCGCUCCUGUAUGGCAAGAUAGAACCAUUGCUUCUGGAAAACUACGCCUGCUUGAGUACUCUGCUUUUAUGGAGACUCAAAAAGACAGGGAGACGUAUAAACACCUUUUUGUUCACAUUGGACCAUCAAAUCCAGGCUACAGCGACCCGGUUUUGGAGUCUAUAGAUGUGAGACAGAUUUACGACAAGUUCUCGGAAAAGAAAGGAGGUCUGAAGGAGCUGUAUGAAAAGGGGCCUCACAAUUCGUUCUUUCUCGUCAAGUUUUGGGCGGACCUAAGCGGUGACAUUGAGGAGGGUUCUGGUGCCUUUUACGGAGUGAGCAGCCAGUACAGCGGUUCCGAAAACAUCACCAUCAGUGUUUCCACCAAGGUUUGCUCCUUCGGAAAACAGGUGGUGGAAAAGGUUGAGACAGAAUACGCUCGAUUAGAAGGAGGAAAGUACAUGUUCCGCAUCCAUCGUUCACCUAUGUGUGAAUAUAUGAUCAACUUUAUCCACAAACUCAAACAUCUGCCAGAGAAAUACAUGAUGAACAGUGUGCUCGAGAACUUCACUAUUCUGCAGGUGGUGUCCAACAGAGAGACCCAGGAGACGCUGCUGUGCAUUGCCUUCGUGUUCGAAGUGUCCACAAGCGAGCACGGAGCUCAGUACCAUGUUUAUCGCCUCGUCAAUGACUAGCCGCACGUCUGGUGCAGAGACUCAUCGGACUUUUGAUACAACCGACUUUAAAACACUAUUUCCAGCUCGGCACACAGAGCCCCAACUCCUUUUACUCUGAACACACUCGUUAUUUUUAUUCUUUUAUUUUGUUUUAAAUUAGACCAACCGUCACACCGUAGUCACAUUUUUCGCUUGUUUGAUGUCUACAUUUUACAGUUGGUAAGCGAAGCACAUCCCAGAAUGCACCAGCGGUCAUUGAAAUGUUUGCUCAGUGCCUGUUUUGUUUGCUUUUAAAUUAGAAACGCGAUUAAUUGACGCUGCAGGAAAGAAAACCAAAACUAGCUGGAAUUUUGGUCAGGGACUUUUUCUUGCAUGGUUAAAACAUUUUAAACAAUGGGAUUAAAGCUGUGGUGAGGCAUGUUUAUAUAUCGUAGUAAAGACUGAAGUGAGACGAGUUUAAAUAUACUUUUCUAAACAAGUGAUUUUAGUGAGUGUCAUUGUAACCUGCCAUGUUGGUGUUUUUUGUUAUUUCUGUAUCUUUGAAAGGUACAAAUUCUGUUACGUGAAAAUCAUGGACUUUAAUCAGUUUGAUCAGAGAUAGGAUUAUCUUAUUGCAGAGAGUCUGCUUCGCCUCAGACAAUAAUGCACUACAUGUAAAGAUGUGCAUGUCGUAUUUAUUUUUAAACACUAUAAUAAUGUAAGGAGAGAGCAAUAUUAUAGAAGCAUUAGUUUGUCUUCAGUGAUGCACACUGCGGAGGUAAAAUUGACCAGAAUAUUGGCUUCAAACUGUUAGGAAAUAACAAAAUUCGAAUUAGUUUCACACUUUUUAUUGUUCAAAUGUAUUUUUAUUUUUUUUAAAGGUUCAUAAACAAAAGGCUAUAUUUACUCUGACUGUGUGGGCUUGCUGGAGUAUUUCUACCUCCACCUGAGUUAAAGAUAAGAAUGUGCUAAGCUGAGGAGCACUGAUGUAUAGGAUGUGUACACUACAUUUGUAUUGGUACUAUGUUUAAGCCAAAACAAUAACAUGUGUUUUGUAAGGUAUUUCUUUUUGUAUUUCACCAACACAGUGAGAAAGCAUGAUAAAUGACGGAUGUAUAGGUUGGAUCUUGAUGUAUGGAUGGUACAGACUACAUUAACGUCACCCUCAGUGCAUUGGGGUAGAUUUUUACCUGUCAACACUAACGAACUAUCCAUCUGACACUUUUACCUUUUGUUAAAUAUUUAGUAAACUGGUACGCAUGGCUUUCACCCUCUUUUUUUAAAAUUUUUUAUAUACAUCUCUAUACAUAUAUAUUUGCUGGCUUGAUUACCUAUACUAUUACAGGAGACUGAUUCUGUUUUAAAUAGAUAUGGCUAAAAUUCAAUUUUUAUUGUGGCUUAGAAGAGAAGGGCUAUGUUUUUUUCCUGUCUAUGAAUCACAAUUUUAGAAUAAAAUCUGUGCCUUUUAUGCUGUACCAGUAAAUUCACGUCUGAGUCGGAAAGAGGAGACAAAUUAUCAUUUUAAACGACUUUUUGAAUAAAAAUCUUAAAUUAAGUUCUA